UUGAAUUUAUUUUAUCGCUAUUAUGGUCAAAUUUAAAAUGAAAAAUUUUCAUAAUUGGUUGGUGACAACUUGCUUGGAAAAUUGCAGAUUAACUGGAGUCUACUAAAACAUAACUGGCCAUUAAUUAUUUUUGUGCAAAAUGUCCAGACCGGAAGAUAAAAUUAUUGACCACACUUCUGAAGGAAGACAAAGCAGAACAAAUAGUGUAGCACUUCCGGCAUGUGGUUCUUUUUUGCCAGUGGGUGGAAAUCACCAACAGCCACCACUGCCGAGACGUCAUUCUGAAACCCCAACAGUUCGUCGAAUUCCACCACCGAUACCAGCAAGAAUGAACAAUGAACCGCCAAUUUUUUUAACAAAUAAUAAUACACUAAAAUGUGAUGAUCAUAAAGCUGAAGUUGUUAAACAAUGUGAUGUUAAUGAACGACAAUCUUGGCAGUGUACAACAAGUACAUCAAAUAAAAAAUUAAUUGAUAUUGAAAAAUCAAGAUAUUCUGAUAAAAAUUGUCAAGUUAAAAAGCUCAAUAAAAAUGCUGAAUUUUCAACAAGUAAAUUUGAUGAUGAUGAUGGUGAUGAUGAUGAUGAUAGUGUAGGAAAUUUUGAGUGUAAUCAAGAAGAACACUUGGAGUCAAGUUUUAAUGAAUUACAAAAAGCUGCACGUGAUCUUGAAAAACGUUUACUUCAUAAUGAUAAUGAGCCAAUCAAUAAUCAGAAAAUAAAUUCAAUAAAUUUAAGACAACAAUGCACAAAGUUUGAAACAGAAAUUGAAGAUCAAAAUGACAUUGAUAAAAGAUCAAAAUUUGAAGCAUUACAAGCAGCAUCAAAAAAUUUAGAAAGACGUUUACAAUGUGAACAACAACAACAACAGCCAAAAACAAAAUAUAAUAUUGAAAUUGAUAGAGCUAAAAAUAUGAUGCAAAAUAAUUUACGUAAAGAACGUUGUAUUGAAAGAUUAGAAAAAUUACCAAAAGCAACACAAACAAAUUUACCACCACCAUUGAGUGCAAUAAUAUGUCAAACAACUGUUACUAAACCAGCAAGUGUUAGACAAGAUAGUAAUGUUUCAUCAGACAGUUAUAGUCAAACAAGCUCACCCAGUUAUACCAGUAAAACAAUGGAGGCACCAUUAUUACCUCACAAACACAUAAAUGGCAGAGUUCCAGGCAGAGCUAUGGUACCAGAUAUGGAAAAUCCACCGGGCAGUCCAAUCACAAAAUCAAUAAGUACACCAGCAAGUUUGCAAACGAUUGUCAGAUUUCACAGUGGUAGUAACAUGUCAUUACAUCACAGGAUCAUCAGAGAUAUCAGAAGACCAAGUAGCCAUUAUGUUACUCGAGGAAGAUUACAAUUUAGGUUUGCUCAGGUUCUUGUAAAUGCCAUUGCUCUACUUGCAAUUGCUGGUGGAUUUCUUGCUUAUUUCAAAUCAUAUCCACAGAAUGUCGUUAAAUAUGAAAAUAAAACAAUGGAACAAUCGGAGGUAAUUUUGAAAGAGUCCACACUUGGAGAACAAAAUAAUCCAUCACCGGGACUUUGUCUACCAGUUAUUGUCAAUUUUUGUCUCAAUCACAAGGUACCAUAUAAUUUUACUGUUUUUCCAAAUUACAUGGGUAAUUUUAAUCAACGUGAUGCACAACAUGAAUUGGAAAAUUAUGAAGCUGUUGUUGAUGUUCGUUGUUAUGAACUUGCAGCAUUAUUUUUGUGUAAUGUUUUUGUACCAAAAUGUGGAUCCAAGGGUCAAGUUGUACGGCCUUGUCGAAGUCUUUGUUAUGAAAUGACGAGAAGAUGUGGAUUUUUUUUAAACGUAUUUGGACUGAGACUACCAGACUAUCUUGCCUGUGAAUUUUUUCCGGAAAAUCUGGAUUCCGAUUUAUGUGUUGGACAUCAUGAAGUUAUUGAAGCUGCUAAAAGAGCUGAACAACCUGUUUGCACAAGUGGUUUUCAAUGUGAUGUUACAAGAUGUAUUCCAGUUGAUUGGAGAUGUGAUGGCCAUGUUGAUUGUGCUGAUCAGACUGAUGAAAUUGGUUGUGGUGAUUGUGCAUCAACGACAGUUGAACAAUCAAAUCCUGGUAAAAGUAAAAAAUUUGGAAUUAAAGAUUUUAUAACAAAAUCAUCAACGUUACAUUGUGGUGAAAGAAGAUGCAUGUCAUCUGUUCAUGUUUGUAAUGGUGUUAUGGAUUGUCCAUGGGGUCAGGAUGAACGUAAUUGUCUACGAUUGAGUGAAAGUAAUGGAGACAUUGGUCGAGGACGUUUACAAGUUUAUCAUGCUGAAAAUAGUACAUUUAUACCAGCUUGUAUUUCACAUUGGGAAUCAACAUCAGCACAAGCAAUUUGUAGUCUUCUUGGCUAUACAGUUGCUAACAGUUCAAUUUUAUCGAUGAAAAAUAAAAAUAUUACAAUUCGUGAACAAAAAAUUGAUACUCUACAACAAUGGAGACUUGCACAAAAAGGUAGUGGUAAUCUUUUGAAAGAGCUACAAGCAUGUACUGAUCAAAAUGAUUAUCCAACUGUUGAAUUAUCAUGCUCAGAAUUUGCAUGUGGACGUAGACGUUAUCAUUAUGGUAAUUCAAAAGUACAAUCAAGAAUAGUUGGAGGAACAGAAUCAGUACCUGGUGAUUGGCCAUUUUUAGCAGCAUUACUUGGUGGUCCAAUGGAGGUAUUUUAUUGUGCUGGUGUAUUAAUAUCAGAUCAAUGGAUACUAACAGCAUCACAUUGUGUUGGAAAUUUUAGUCAUACUGAUUUAUCUGAUUGGACAAUACAAUUGGGAAUAACACGAAGACAUGCACAUACAUAUCUUGGUGAAAAAAGAAAAGUUAAAAGAGUUGUACCACAUCCACAUUAUAAUAUGGGAUCAGCACAUGAUAAUGAUGUUGCAUUAUUUCAACUUGAAAAACCAGUUAAUUUUCAUGAACAUCUUAGACCAGUUUGUUUGCCAAAACAUGAUACUGAAAUUGCACCUGGUACUAUUUGUACUGUUAUUGGAUGGGGAAAAAAAGAGGAUACGGAUUCAUCACAGUAUGAGCCAGCAGUAAAUGAAGUUAAAGUGCCAGUUUUGGAGAGAGAACUUUGUAAUGCUUGGCUUGAACACAAAGAGCUCAAUGUUACUGAUGGAAUGAUUUGUGCUGGAUAUCCUGAGGGUAAAAAAGAUGCAUGUCAGGGUGAUUCUGGUGGACCACUUUUAUGCCAAGAUGAAAAAGAUAAAGAGCGUUGGUUUGUUGGUGGUAUUGUUAGUUGGGGAAUAAAAUGUGCACAUCCAAGAUUACCAGGUGUUUAUGCAUAUGUACCAAAAUAUGUACCUUGGAUACGUGCACAAAUGGCUAAAUAUGAAAAUCAUGAAAAUGGGUAACACAGGCGUGUCAUCAAGAGAAUUGGUAAGAAAAAAAUAUACUCAAAAGACGGUAAGCGUGUUAAUUACACUUGGAAAAAUAAAAUAACAAACUCUAAAAAUGAAUAAUAAUUUUAAUAAAUUAUAUAAAAAGUCAAUGAAGAAAUUUAAAAUUUAAAAAAUUUUGAAAAUACUGCCACCAUUGUGGAAUUAUCAAUGAUAAAUUUUUUUCUUACUUAAAUUUUGACAAUAAAUUGGAAAUAAAUAAAAAAACGUGAUAAAUAAUCAAGAUGAAAAAUAAUUUUUCUACAAAUAUUAUAUUCAAUAAAAAUGAAAUAUAAAAACUUUUUUAAAAUUUAUUUAUUUAUUUAUUUUGAAAAAAAAAAAAGUUUUAGUCUAAUUGCAAGAUAAUAAUUGCAAUUUGUCAAUGAAAUACUUUGAAACAUAGUAGAAAAUAAAACAUUUUAGAAUAAUUUUUAGGCUGUCAAGUGAAAAAAAAAUACCCUUCCAAUUUUUGAAUAAAUAAAUAAAUAAAUAUUUCAAAAAUAGUAAAGUUCAGAUAAACGAGAUACGAGCAGCCGUGACUUUAUUUUCUAUGAAUUUGAAUAUCAAAAGAUAUACAAAAAAAAUAAAUACAAAUACUUUUUAGUACGAUGAAUUAAAUAACAAAGAUAAAAAAAAAAAUUUCGCAUAUAAUGCGUUAUAUUAUACAAAUAAAAUAAAAUAAAAAAUAAAAAAAAAAAAAAAUACAUUUUAUAUAGAUCAAUAGUGACAAAGUCACAGUGAUCAAAAGAAUUUAUCCUUUUUUUUUUUCCAGUCAAAAUGGUUCACAAUGCUGACAAUAAAUAUACAGUUGAUACGAAAUUAUAUAAAAAUUUUAACAGAGAUAAUAACUUUUGGAUUGCUUAUAUAAAAAUAUUAAAUUUUUUAAAAUCGUUUUGACUGUGAACUCCCUGUUCUAGAUAAUCAUACGAUGAUAAUAUAUCGCAUAAGAUGCGUUAGUAUAGAAUUAUAAAAUACUAUGUCCUAUAAUUAAAUAAAAAUAAUAAAUGUCAGUGUGAGGUUGAAUAAAUGUUGUAAAUGAAUAAAAUAGAUUAAUAAUAAUUUGUGUGCAUGUAGCUAUGAGCUCUAUCAAUGAAUGUGUUGUGUAAAUAAUUAUAAAGUGAUAAAAAUUAAUUUACAAGUUAACAAGG